UAAUUGGCAUUAUGUCGAAAAAUCUUGAUCUGUACCAAACAGCAGGCAGUGAAGACAUUAAUAAUACGCUUACAAAAGAAACUGUGGAGAAGGAAUUGCAGAGUUACUAUGAUUAUCAUCCCGAAAAAUAUGAUGAGUUUAUUAGAAAGUAUAAGACGUUUGAUAAUAUUGUUGAGAAGUUGUAUGUAAAACGUAUGAGGAUUAGGAGACGCAAGAAAAGAUUAGCUAGAAUCGCCAAGAAAAUUUUUAAGAACAUUUUCGAUGCACUGGAUGAAGCUUUCAACAUCACAUCAUCAACGGUAGCAUUCGAAGAACCUGAAAAAGUCAUCAGAAAAGAAAACCUCAAUGUCAGUCUGGAAAAGAACCACCUUGAACACUUCAAGAACAAAACAGUAGUAAAAAGAGAUGGAUUUUCAUUUGAUUUCAAUAAUGAAACACUAGAAAAUGUUACAGCUACUGAUAUUCAACUUAAGGAAAUAAAUAUUUAA